CCUUGUGGUAUUUAUAUUUUCUUCCAUCACACCUUAUUUCCACCUUCACUUAAUGGAGAUGUCCCUUAACUCAUCUCCUCUCCCUGCAGACAUCCUGAACACCCCCAAGCCUGAUGAGAGAGCAAUUAUGACAUAUGUGUCCUGCUUCUACCAUGCCUUUGCUGGAGCUGAACAGGCUGAAACCGCUGCUAACAGGAUCUGUAAGGUGCUGGGAGUGAAUCAGGAAAAUGAGAAGUUGAUGGAGGAUUAUGAAAGACUGGCUAGUGAGCUGCUGGAGUGGAUCAGACGUACCAUUCCCUGGCUCGAGAAUCGUGUGCCGGAGAAGACCAUGUCAGAGAUGCAGCGGAAGCUGGAGGAUUUCCGAGAUUACCGCAGGAUGCACAAACCUCCCAAAGUGCAGGAGAAGUGUCAAUUGGAAAUCAGCUUCAACACUCUUCAGACUAAACUCCGCAUUAGCAACCGGCCUGCGUUUAUGCCCUCUGAGGGCAAGAUGGUUUCGGACAUAGCAAGUGCGUGGCAGGGGCUGGACCAGGCAGAGAAGGGCUAUGAGGAAUGGCUGCUGACGGAGAUCAGGAGACUGGAAAGAUUGGACCAUCUAGCAGAGAAAUUCAGGCAGAAAGCUACCAACCAUGAGACCUGGGCUGCAGGUAAGGAGGAGAUGUUGACCCGGAAGGACUACGAGUCAGCAUCUUUAAUGGAAGUCCGAGCUUUGCUGAGGAAACACGAGGCAUUUGAGAGUGACCUUUCCGCCCACCAGGACAGAGUUGAGCAGAUUGCUGCUAUUGCUCAGGAGCUCAAUGAGCUGGACUAUCAUGAUGUUGCAUCAGUGAAUCAAAAGUGUCAAAGUAUUUGUGACCUCUGGGACCAACUGGGUACACUCACUCAGAAACGCAGAGAGUCUUUGGAGAGGACUGAGAAACUUUUGGAGACGGUGGAGCAGUUGUUUCUGGAAUACGCAAAGAGAUCUGCACCCUUUAAUAACUGGAUGGAGGGAGCCAUGGAAGACUUACAGGAUAUGUUCAUAGUGCACACCAUUGAAGAGGUCCAGACUCUGAUAGCUGCUCACGAGCAGUUUAAGGCCACACUUCCUGAGGCAGAUGCAGAAAGGCAGGCGAUCCUUGGCAUACAGCAGGAAGUCCUGAAGAUCUCCCAGAAUUACGGCAUUCGUGGAGACCUCACCAACCCCUACAGCACCAUAACUACAGAAGAGAUUGCCAUCAAGUGGGACAAGGUGAAGAAGCUGGUUCCCCAGCGUGACAGUGCACUGCAGGAGGAGUUAGCGCAACAGCAUGCCAACGAAAGGCUCAGACGCCAGUUUGCUGCCCAAGCCAACCUCAUCGGACCCUGGAUACAGGCCAGGAUGGAGGAAAUUGGUCAUUGUUCUAUGGCGACGGGUGGGACUUUGGAGGAUCAGAUGACCCAGCUGAAGCAGUAUGAGCAUGUGAUCGUCAGCUAUAAACCCAACAUAGACAGACUGGAGGGAGAUCACCAACUCAUCCAGGAGUCACUUAUCUUUGACAACAAACAUACUAACUACACUAUGGAGCAUAUUCGUGUUGGCUGGGAGCUCCUUUUGACUACGAUCGCUCGCACUAUUAAUGAAAUUGAGACUCAAAUUCUGACACGUGAUGCAAAAGGCAUCAGCCAGGAGCAGAUGAUUGAAUUCCGAUCCUCUUUCAACCACUUUGAUCGGAAGAAGAAUGGGGCGAUGGAUUCAGAUGACUUUAGGGCCUGUCUGAUCUCGAUGGGUUAUGAUCUGGGUGAGGUGGAGUUUGCUCGGAUCAUGAUGCUGGUUGAUCCAAAUGCUUCAGGCAUUGUGUCAUUCCAGUCUUUUAUUGACUUCAUGACAAGAGAGACAGCGGACACAGACACAGCUGAACAGGUCAUCGCUUCCUUCAGGAUCCUCGCUGCAGACAAGCCAUAUAUUCUGGCAGAUGAGUUGAGGCGAGAGCUUCCUCCAGACCAGGCAGAGUACUGCAUCAGCAGGAUGCCCCCAUACUCCGGCCCCGGGGCUCUGCCUGGAGCCCUUGACUACACUGCCUUCUCCACAGCCCUGUACGGAGAGAGUGACCUUUAACUCUCUCAACACCUCUGACCUUUUCGACCCCGCCUCACUCGUUAACCAAGAAAAUUCUUUACCCUUCAGAUCAACAGCCUCAAGAAAUGAAAACAUGGCAAAUAAACAAAAUGAGCACAAUUUCAGUUUUUAAUCUCAUUUGAUGUAUUUUGCUAGAUGAUUGAUAUAAAAUGUUUAAGUGAGUACACAUGGAAUGCAGUCUGGAAGUGAAAAGAAUGCAAGUAAAAAAAAAAAAAAAAAAGUGGUUAUUCAUCUGUAACAAUCCAAAAAAAUGUGAAUUUUAGAUUCACUGUCUCAUAAAUUGUCGAAUCCAAGGCAUGCGAAACUUUUUUACUGUCCUUCAUGUAGGCUAUUAUAAUACAGAGAAAAUAUACAAAGAUGAUUAAUAAUUUGUCACUUGAAUUACAGCAAAAUCUAUAGUUGCACUAAAUUCAGAAUUAAAUAUGUUUAAGUAGUUUUAGGUUUUAUGCAUUUUUCUCUAAACUUUUCCAAUCCCAGAACGAAAUCUAUUUUGUGUGGUAGUGUUAAACCUACAGUAUGUAAGAUUUUGCACAUUUGAAUUAUGCCCAAAUUGAGAAAGAUUGACCUAACCACUAUGCUUCUCUUAUUUUUUCCUAUAGUGUACUAUAGUGUCCCUGGUUUUAAAAAAGCCACAUGAAUAGCUCUAUUCUCAACAGCAUAAUCACCUAAAAACCUAACAGUGCCUGAUUUCAUAUACAGUAAAAGUUUAUAUAAAUUAGGAAGAGGUGAUCCUAGUCCUCCUCACUAGUGAGUUGUACAUGCCAUUUUGAAUAUUGUGAAUGCUUGAACAUUUUCUUCAAUUUGGUGAUUACAUGAAGUGUUGAUGUAUGUACUACUACAGGGCUUGUCAAAUAAAGAAAGCAAAAAACAAAUUAUGAUAAAAUACUAAAUUUACAGUUGUGGGUUAAAGUAUGUGAACCGUUUGGAACGAUAGACAAACAGCCUGCUUAACACACAAACAAUUGUUUUCUUGUCUGUAUUGAACCGCAUGUAAACCAUACACAGUGAAGAGUGUAAAAGUAUGUGAAUCCCAGAGUGUCAGUCAAGCUUAUAUGAAUACAGAAAAUUUCUAUAGGUCACACUAGUUCAGUGUACAAUGAUUGACACAGUGCAUUUGAUUGAUUUUUGGUCAAUUUGUUAACCUAUCAAAUCAGUUUUGAUUUGUGAAUGUCUGCUGUUGAAUUCUAUGAACAGGAAAGCCAAAUGUGUGUUUUACAGUGGCAUAAAUGAAAUAAACCUUACUUAUGA